CCUGACGGCUGUCGUGAAGCAGCGGGAGCAGAAGGAAGGGGGAGUCUAGGCCCGGCCCGGCCCUCCCCCCAGGACCGCGGGGAGUUGACUCCGCGCCGCGCCCCACCAUCUCAGCCGCAUCGGUGGGGGAGGAGGAGGCGGAGGCGGCGCUGCCGCCGCUGCUGCUGCGGGCUAUGUAGGGGCCCCGGUGCGGGCGGAUCCGGAGGCCGCUCUCUGCCUCUGGAGCGCGGCGCCGGGGCCGAGCCCGGGCCCGGGCCCGGCGGGAUGUUCUCUAAGAAGCCGCACGGGGAUGUGCGGAAAUCCACGCAGAAGGUGCUGGACACCCGCAAGGACCCGCUCACCCGCCUCAAGCACCUGCGCGUCCUCAUCGACAAUGCAGAAUCCAUUGAUCUCAAACAGUUUUUCGACUUACAUUUCUCACAUGUGUAUUAUGUGUUCUUUGAAAACUUUGUGACUAUCGAAGUAGGUCUUAAACAAAAAGGUCACAAGUCUCAGAGGGAAGAAUUAGAUUCUAUUCUUUUUACUUUUGAGAAAAUUUUGCAACUCCUUCCAGAAAGGAUUCAUCAGAGAUGGCAAUUUCAUAGUAUUGGGUUGAUUUUAAAGAAGCUUCUUCACACUGGAAAUUCAUUAAAGAUACGGCGAGAGGGUGUGCGUCUCUUUCUUUUGUGGCUGCAAGCACUUCAAAAUAACUGUAGUAAAGAACAAUUAUGGAUGUUUUCUUGCUUGAUUCCUGGAUUUUCAUCGCCACAGUCUGAAUAUGGCCCCCGAACACUAGAUAAUCUCAUUAACCCUCCACUUAAUGUUCAAGAAACUCAAGUGACUAUAGAGGAAAUCACUCCACUUGUUCCUCCACAAUCAGGAGAUAAAGGACAAGAAGAUUUAACAAGCUAUUUCUUAGAAGCGCUUUUGAAAUACAUAGUAAUUCAGGUUAAGAGUUUAGAAUGGAAGAACAAGGAAAACCAGGAAAAGGGAUUUUCAUUUUUAUUCUCAAAUUUUAAGAAAUACUAUUUACCUUCUAUUUUCCCAAACAUCUGUAAGGAGACCAGCUUGUAUAACCCUAUACUUGAUAUACCACAAAUGAGACCAAAGCCACACUACGUGAUGGUUAAGAAAGAUGCUGAAACCAAUGAGGCAAUAUAUUGCACAAAGGAACCUUUUAUUAAGGCUCGUGUUAUUGUCAUUCGAUGGUUGGUGUCUUUCUGGCUUGAGCCAAAACCUCAUGCAGGACCUCAUAUUCCUGGGAUGGAAGGUGAAAAUGUGCCAAAGAAUAUUCAGAGAGCAGCUGCUAGCAUGGCUUCAAGGGAGGACAGCAAAAAUGACAGUACUGAUAAGCAGGAUAGAAACACAGAACCAGAACAAUCUCAUUCUAAUACAAGUACUCUAACAGAGAGAGAACCAAGUUCUUCCAGCCUUUGCAGUAUUGAUGAAGAGCAUUUAACUGAUAUUGAAAUUGUCCGGAAGGUCUUUUCUUCUAAAAGAAGCAAUGUUAAUUUUCUAACUGAGAUUUUUCGCCAGGCAUUUCUGUUGCCGAUAUGUGAAGCAGCCGCCAUGAGGAAAGUGGUAAAGGUGUAUCAGGAAUGGAUUCAGCAAGACGACAAGCCUUUAUUUAUGAAAGAACCUGAAGAAAUAAUGCAGUGCACAACUGCCGAUUGUGAUGAAAACGUUGACCACAAUUCAUCAGAGAAAGCAAAAGAAAGAGAAGAGGAAAAAGGGAUGAACUCCAGUCAGGUUAGAAAUACAAACUGGGCAAGAAAUGGCUGUUACGAAGACACUUUGCAUAAAAUGUCCGAAAUUGAUACUGAAGAGCAAAAUGUACGAGCUGGAAUGCAGUCAGUAUUGCAGGUUUUUAUAAUAAAUUCAUCAAAUAUAUUCUUUCUUGAACCUGCAAAUGAAAUUAAAGUUCUGCUGGAUGAACACACUGAUAUGUGUAAACGCAUUCUUAAUAUCUACCGUCACAUGGUAGUACAAGUGACUAUGGACAAGAAGACAUGGGAACAGAUGCUACUUGUGCUGCUCAGGGUUACUGAAUCUGUGCUGAAAAUACCACCUCAAACUUUCUUGCAGUAUCAAGGAAGAAAAAACUCCACUUUAGCUGGAAGACUUGCAGGACCUCUUUUUCAGACUCUUAUAGUAGCUUGGAUCAAAGCGAAUCUAAACGUGUACAUCUCUCGAGAACUUUGGGAUGACUUGCUGUCUGUAAUGUCAUCGCUGACGUAUUGGGAAGAGCUGGCCACUGAGUGGUCACUGACAAUGGAGACACUAACUAAAGUAUUAGCUAGAAACUUGUAUAGCCUGGACCUCAGUGACCUGCCAUUAGAUAAACUAAGUGAGCAGAAGCAGAAAAAACACAAAGGCAAAGGAGUUGGGCAUGAAUUCCCCAAAUCUUCCGUUGAUAAGUCCUUUUCUAGAGGCUGGAGCCGUGAUCAGCCUGGACAGGCGCCCAUGAGACAACGCAGUGCUACAACCACUGGCUCUCCAGGAACAGAAAAGGCAAGAAGCAUAGUACGGCAGAAAACAGUUGCCAUGAGAAGCCGAUCCAUUGGUGAAUGUGCUCUGCCAUCGGCCUAUAUACGCAGUGCUAAAAGUGCUCCUGUUCUGAUCCAUACUUCCAAACCCUUCUUGCCUGAUAUUGUUCUCACUCCCCUUUCUGAUGAGCUUUCAGACAUUGACGAUGCUCAAAUUCUUCCACGUCCACCUCGAGUCAGACAUUUUUCACAGAGUGAGGAUGCUCCAAGUGAAGUUUUUGGUGCAUUAAAUGAGGAACAGCCACUGCCACGAAGCAGCAGCACCUCUGACAUCCUGGAACCAUUCGCAGUUGAACGAGCCAAAGGUGCAGUUCCUGUCAUUGACAGUUCAUCCCAUCAUGCUCCAAGCUUACAGAGUUCCACUGAGACCUCUUCAAUGCAUAGAUCCACUGAAAGCCAUAUCACUGAUACAAAUAGCAGAGAGUCCUCCUUGGAAGUUGGGGAUAGUAUUUAUGACCAUCUUUGUCAUUUAAUAGGGCCGGUAGAAUUUGCAAACACAGCCUUUGAACAAAGCCAAUAUGUUGACCUUGAAGGUGAAGAUGAUCUCCUUUCCUCUCUGAGAGAAUAUCUUAAAGAAAAAGAAGAACUUUGCGGUAACUUUGAGAUAGAUAAAUGUGAGGCUUCUGCUCACGAAGUUGAUACAUCAGUAAAUAGGAAUGAUAGAUUACCACUGGAUGGAUUAGAAAAUAGAGAUCAGAGCGGUCAAUGCACGAAUAGCAUCACUGUUACAGAAAGAGCCGAUAACUCAGAGCUGCACCUAGAACAAAACCAAAGUGGCUUUAUAAGUAAUAUUGCACCUUCUCAAGUAGACAUUUUUACAAGAAAUCAAGCGCUCGAUAAAGCCAGACAGUUAAAUAUUGAUAAACAAUAUGAAAGCAUGUUUGAUCGUGAGUCAAGUAGUCCUAGCAGCAAAGAAGGGAAGAGAUACCUGUACAGGCAAGCUGCCACUGAAGCUGACGUAGAUUUAGUUGUGGAAGCAGCGGUAGCUGAAAAGCAUAAAAGCGCCCAGUUUAAUGAAAAAGUAACCAACUCACGUGUUACGCAUGCAAAGAAAAGUCUUCCUAAAGCAGAAGUUAACCCUCAAAUGCCUCACAUCACAGGCACAAGCAAACUGUCACCAACUAAAAGGAGUAUAUCUGAAACCGUAACUCAUAGGGCCAAAAUCAUGAAAAUAACGACAAAAAAAAGAAAUAGUGUUCAUGUUACUUUUAGGCCAUCUACAGAAUCAGUUCAAUUUUACAAUCCUCUUGAGAGCAAAGAGGCCGCUUGGAAAGCAAGACUUCGUAAACUCAGUGGCUUCAGUAGUAGCGGUAGUGGUAGCAGCACCAGCAGUACCAGUGCGAGCACCAGCUCAUCAGCUGUCACGGAGCUGGUUAGACCUGGAAUAUAUAGACCUCUAGAUGCAAUCAAUGCUGCUUCAGCUGGCAGCAAGCAAAUUAAGGAAUCUGCAGAAACUCAAGCAGCCAUGUUGCAAAAAGAAGGUAUUGCAGUUAAUCAGUUCCAUAAUCGUAGUGCCUUUAGAGCAUCAGGUCAGGAGUCAGCACAACAGCAGGGCUCCCUGGGUGGUGUUUAUAAAACUGUUGUACAUGCUCUUUCGAAGCCGAAGGCAAAUGUUUCCCCACAGAGGCAGAACAGAAUGCCAGCAGAGGCUCCACUGAGGGAUCUGUACAGUCAUGUAAUGGGCUAUUUUGGAAGGAAAGCUGCAGCUAAUAGAGAGGACAUGAGUCAAAAGCUGCACCCUAUUGAUAGUGAUAUUGGCAGUAGCAAUACAAACGUUCCUGACCUCAUGGAUGAAUUUAUAGCUGAGAGACUCCGCAGUGGUAGUGUGCUGAAUGUGACAAGAAGAGGAAGCAGUCCUGGCAGCCUGGAAGUUCCUAAAGACCUUCCUGACAUAUUGAACAAACAGAACCAAAUGCGUCCUAUAGAUGACCCGGGUGUGCCUUCCGAAUGGACAUCACCUGCCAGUGCGGGCAGCAGUGACCUCAUCAGUUCAGAUAGCCACUCUGACUCUUUCAGCGCUUUCCAGUAUGAUGGCCGCAAAUUUGAAAAUUUCAGCUUUGGCACUGAGGCAGGGACGCCAGCUUCCACCGACGUCGAUGCAAUUUCAGGCCAGCAACAGAGUGCCGAGGAACAAGAAGUGGCCAGUCUAACUACACUCCACAUAGAUUCGGAAACAAGUAGUCUCAAUCAGCAACCAUUGUCCGCUGAAGCUGCAACUAUUACUGGCUCUGAAAGUGCUUCUCCAAUCCAAUCUGCUCUUGGAUCCCGAUCACAGACACCCUCUCCUGCCACUCUUCAUGCAGAUCAUAUUGAGCAGAAGGAUCUGCAGCUGGAUGAGAAGCUCCACCACUCUGUUUUACAGACGCCAGAUGACCUAGAAACUAGUGAAUUCCCCUCAGAAUGUUGCAGCGUGAUGGCUGGGGGAACGCUUACAGGAUGGCAUGCAGAUGUUGCUACUGUGAUGUGGAGGCGAAUGCUGGGAAUUUUGGGAGAUGUCAACAGCAUCAUGGAUCCAGAGAUUCAUGCCCAAGUUUUUGAUUACCUGUGUGAACUGUGGCAAAAUCUGGCCAAGAUAAGAGACAAUCUUGGUAUUUCAACAGAUAACCUAACUUCACCAUCUCCACCAGUUUUAAUUCCACCACUGAGAAUUCUAACACCAUGGCUGUUCAAGGCAACAAUGCUGACUGAUAAGUACAAACAAGGAAAGCUACAUGCUUAUAAACUCAUUUGUAAGACAAUGAAGCGAAGACAAGAUGUUUCUCCAAACAGGGAUUUUUUAACUCAUUUCUACAAUAUAAUGCACUGUGGACUUCUUCAUGUUGAUCAAGAUAUUGUCAAUACAAUCAUCAAGCACUGCUCACCUCAGUUCUUUUCACUUGGUUUGCCUGGUGCCACCAUGCUUAUUAUGGAUUUCAUUGUAGCAGCAGGAAGAGUGGCUGCUUCUUCUUUCCUCAAUGCACCAAGAGUUGAAGCACAAGUUCUUUUAGGAUCUCUAGUCUGUUUUCCCAAUUUAUAUCAUGAACUACCAGCUCUUCACCCAAACAUUCCUGACAUAGCUGUGUCUCAGUUUACAGAUGUUAAGGAGCUCAUAAUUAAAACUGUGUUAAGUUCAGCAAGAGAGGAGCCAUCUGGUCCUGCACGAUGUGUUGCUCUUUGCAGCCUUGGUAUUUGGAUCUGUGAGGAGCUAGUUCAUGAAUCACAUCAUCCUCAGAUCAAGGAAGCAUUGAAUGUGAUUUGUGUUUCUUUAAAGUUUCCAAAUAAAACAGUAGCCCAAGUUGCCUGCAGUAUGCUGAACAUGCUGAUACAUUAUGUACAUAGACUUCAAGUGUAUCAAGCUGAUUCACCUUUAAGAAUUAUUCAGAUUCUGAUAGCAACUAUUACCCAUUUGCUACCCAGUACAGAAGCUUCCUCUUAUGAACAAGACAAGAGGUUGGUGGUUUCUUUACUUCUGUGCUUAUUGGAUUGGAUAAUGGCCUUGCCGUUAAAGACCUUGCUGCAGCCUCUUCACACCACAGGAGCAGAAAAUGACAAGACUGAAAGAUCUGUUCUUAAUUGUAUAUAUAAGGUUCUGCAUGGAUGCGUCUAUGGGUCUCAGUGUUUUAGCAACCCUAAAUAUUUUCCUCUAAGCCUUUCUGAUUUGGCAUGUGUGGAUUACGAUCCUUUUAUGCAUUUAGAAAGCUUGAAGGAACCAGAACCACUGCAUUCUCCCGACUCGGAGAGAUCUUCUAAACUUCAGCCAGUCACUGAAGUGAAAACUCACAUGCAACAAGGAUUAAUUUCUGUUGCUGCUCGUACUGUGAUAACACAUCUAGUCAAUCACCUAGGCCACUAUCCUAUGAGCGGAGGUCCUGCUAUGCUAACCAGUCAAGUGUGUGAAAACAAUGACAAUCCCUACAGUGAAAGUCCUGAACUUUCUCCUGAACUUUUUGAGAACCCAAACCUUCAAUUCUUUGUGUUAAACAAUACUUCCCUGGUGUCUUGCAUACAAAUCCAAGCAGAAGACGACAUGCCUGGGGGAGGACUGUCUGCUGGACUUGCAUCUGCUAAUUCAAAUGUUAGAAUUAUAGUGCGUGAUCUAUCUGGCAAAUACUCAUGGGAUUCGGCCAUUUUGUAUGGACCAUCAUCUUUAUGUGGAUCUUCACAACAAACGUCUUUUGCACUUUCAUUAGCUCAACAAGAUAAACCAGAAGAUGCUCUUUCAUCUUUUGAGCAUGUGGAGGAUGUAUCUGCGAGGGAUGGAAUUACACUCCAAGUAAAAAGGAAAUUUAGAGACACUGUACCAACAUGGGAUACAAUUAGGGAUGAAGAAGAUGCCCUUGAUGAGCUCCUGCAGUAUUUAGGUGUUACAAGUCCUGAAUGCUUACAGAGAACUGGUGUCUCACUCAACAUUCCUGCUCCUCAACCAGUCUGCAUCUCGGAGAAGCAGGAGAAUGAUGUCAUCAAUGCAAUUCUGAAACAGCACACAGAAGAGAGGGAGUUUGUUGAAAAGCAUUUCAAUGAUUUAAAUAUGAGGGCUAUGGAGCAGGAUGAGCCAACCUCACAAAAGCCCCAGUCAGCAUUUUACUACUGCAGAUUACUUCUCAGUAUACUGGGAAUGAAUUCUUGGGAUAAAAGAAGGAGCUUUCAUCUCCUGAAGAAAAAUGAGAAGUUACUUCGAGAACUCAGAAAUUUGGACUCAAGACAAUGCCGAGAGACACACAAGAUUGCAGUGUUUUAUGUUGCUGAGGGACAAGAAGACAAACACUCCAUUCUUACGAAUACUGGGGGAAGUCAAGCCUAUGAGGAUUUUGUAGCUGGUCUUGGCUGGGAGGUAAAUCUCACAAACCAUUGUGGCUUUAUGGGAGGACUGCAAAAAAACAAAAGCACUGGACUGACCACUCCAUAUUUUGCUACCUCGACAGUAGAAGUAAUGUUCCAUGUGUCAACAAGAAUGCCGUCUGAUUCAGAUGACUCUUUAACAAAAAAGCUAAGGCAUUUAGGAAAUGACGAAGUACACAUUGUCUGGUCAGAGCAUACUCGAGAUUAUAGAAGAGGAAUAAUUCCAACAGAAUUUGGAGAUGUUCUUAUAGUUAUCUAUCCCAUGAAAAACCAUAUGUUCAGUAUCCAGAUCAUGAAAAAGCCUGAGGUUCCAUUUUUUGGUCCACUCUUUGAUGGUGCUAUUGUGAAUGGAAAAAUUCUCCCUAUUAUGGUUCGUGCAACAGCUAUAAAUGCAAGCCGUGCAUUGAAAUCAUUAAUCCCAUUAUACCAAAACUUUUACGAGGAGAGAGCACGAUACCUGCAAACAAUUGUUCAACAUCAUCUAGAGCCUACGACUUUUGAGGAUUUUGCUGCUCAGGUUUUCUGUCCAGCACCUUACCACCAUUUGCCCUCAGAGACAGAAAGAAAUGCUGUGAUAUUUCUUCUCCUUCCAAAACCUCCACUAGAAAGCAUUGGCCACAUCAAGGUAAAGGGCAAAGGCUUGAAACGGAAGGUCUUUCACGCUAGCUGUGAAUGGCUUCUGCCCAGAGACUCAGCCGGGAGAAACUCCAGCAGCAGCAACAGCACAGGUGGAUGGAACAGACUUAGCCUCUCCAAUGUCUCCUCGGACUAGCAAGAGCCGCAUGUCCAUGAAACUGCGCCGCUCCUCUGGCUCGGCCAACAAGUCCUAAGGGGCGAGAUGCCUGCAGCUUCCUAACGAGCAGCGAUCGGCCACCCUUCCCGCAGCGACUCACCGCUUUCCGUUAAAGGAUAAUGUCUCUAACGUGUGUGUGCCCACCCCCUGCACCCCCCUUUUCUGUAUGUUUAUUUUAAACAGUGACACUGGAAUUUUACUUUAAUAUUUUAGCUUUUGGGUUUUUUAUCAAACUCCAGGCUGCCUUUUUUUUUUCUUUUUUUUUUUUUGCAGUGCAGUUUGUCCUCUGCACCUUUUACCUUCCUGGAUGAUUACAAUAUCUUAACUAAAUUGUCAGUUUUUAACUCUGGUUGAUCUCGAGUCAUAUAUGGAAUUGGAGACUGCAGUUUGGUUACACUAUAUUUAUUGUGCCCCAUUGCAAUUUUCUCUGUAACAAAGAAAGAAAUAUGUACAAUUUGAAAAUGAAUGUACAUUUUAAAUUGAAGCUUCAUUUGUAAAGUCUUUGUCAGAUGUCACACUGUUAAUGGACAGGAUGUGUACAGAUUAUUUAUGUUAAAAAUAAAAUAGUUCAACGGCCUUUCAAGCAUUACGGAGUCCAAACGAAAUAAUUUGCUUGUAACACCAACUCUUUCUUCACAAAGAAACGCAUCAUUUCAUAACUGUGCAGGUGAUGCCGUAAUCUAUGCCAGAAAAAAAAAAAAUCACUGUGCUGAAAUUCUACUUAUGCUUGGCUUCCAAAUAUUUUUAUAAUGUUUGCUUUUCCAAGUGGUUAUCAAUAGUAAAUGCCAUCGAGUUUCAUGGGUUGUAGCCUUUAUCACCGGGCUGCUGGGUCUAGUUGUAUAUUCUUGUUUCUUACAUUAAAAAAAAAAAACCAACAAUGAAAAAAGCACUUUCCUGCUAGAAAUUCAUUGCUCUGAUGAUGCAUACUAGGGAAAAAAGGGAACAUGCUCCGGGAGCCUGGCCUGAAACGCUGAUGAUUCCAACCCUCUGAGUGCAGAUUAGUACACGCGUUCCACCCACCCAGAGAUAUUUUCCUACAGAAGAUGAAAUGCUCACAUUUUGAGUCUGGCAAACAAUAAAAUGCUGUUAACAAAAUGUAGCAUGGCAUCGGUACUAACUGCAUGUGUAAAUAUAGCAUAUGGGCAACAAUAAAGAGAUAAAUUAUGUAUUGUCAUUCAUGUAGUAUCUACAAAUUUGUAAUGGUUGAAGAGAAGACAUGCUAUUUAAUAAUACAAUAAAAUUAUUCUUACCACCUUUUGUAUAUUAGUCAUUCACCUCAGUGAUUAGGUUCUUACCCCAAUUUGUAGAAGAAUAGCAUAUUACACGUGGAGCAGUUAAGUGCAAUACAGGGCU